UUUAAAUUAGAGAAUCAGACGUCUCUCUCUAGAACAGAAAUGUCGUCGGCAAGCAGAAGCGAGGUGGCUUCCAGCUUGGAGCCGUGGCUUCAGCUUAACAACAAAGUCGUGAUGGUGACCGGCGCGUCGUCGGGGCUGGGCCGAGAAUUCUGCUUAGACUUGGCCAAAUCUGGCUGUAGAAUCUUAGCCGCCGCUCGACGAGUCGACCGAUUACAAUCGCUUUGCCAUGAAAUCAACAACCGCAUCGGCUCGGCCGAUUCGAACGAGCCUGGAUACGGCCGAGAUCGAGCUCGAGCCGUGCCUCUGGAGCUCGACGUCAGCGCAAGUGCCGCGACUGUCGAAGCUGCGGUGGAGAAGGCUUGGGAUGCUUUUGGGAGAAUCGAUGUUUUGAUUAACAAUGCCGGCAUCAGAGGUAGUGUGCACACUCCACUGAAUUUGUCGGAAGAUGAAUGGGAUAGUGUCAUUAAAACAAAUCUGAAAGGAACGUGGUUGGUUUCAAAGUACGUCUGUGCACGCAUGCGUGAUGCUCGAGAGGGUGGAUCCGUGAUCAAUAUAUCAUCUACCGCAGGUCUCAAUCGCGGGCAUCUUCCUGGAAGCCUAAUCUAUGCCACUUCGAAAGCUGCUGUUAACUCCAUGACAAAGGUCAUGGCGCUCGAGUUAGGGGCUUAUAAGAUUAGAGUGAACUCCAUAUCUCCUGGAAUUUUUAAGUCGGAGAUAACGGAGAGUCUGAUACAAAAAGACUGGCUCAAGACCGUAGCAUUCAAGACGAUUCCUCUACGAACUCACGGCAAGUCGGAUCCAGCUUUGACAUCACUGGUGCGGUAUUUGGUCCACGAUUCUUCGGAAUACGUAACGGGCAACAACUUCAUUGUCGAAGCUGGAGCUACCAUAACCGGUAUCCCGAUAUUCUCCUCUCUUUAGACUGUAGAUCUAGCAUUUUCUGUGGUAAAUUUGCCUGCUAAUUUAGUGAAGAUUUGUUUCCCUACCUCAACAGUUAGCUUGCACGAGAUAAAUAAAUUCGAACCAUAGAAGCCAUCCUUUCUGUCUUGCUCCAGCUGUUGGAGCUAUUAUACAAUAGCUUUAAGAUUAAAAUAAUGCAGCAUCUCCACCAAUAUACUCUAUUAAUUGAUGACAUUUAUUGUAAUUAAUGCAAAAUAAAUACCAGGGUUUAUAAUAA